AUGUCUCAGCAGGGCGCCAAAGGCUUUUCCAAAGGGUCUUCCCAGGGCUCAGCCCCCUGCUCCGCCCCGACGCCCGCCCCCGCGCCCUCCUCCUCUUGUUGUAGCCGCGGCUGCUGCGGAGGCGGCGGCUGUGGCAGCUGUGGCUGCGGCGGUGAUUCCGGCUGCUGCGGCUCCAGUUCCACCGGCUGCUGCUGCUUUCCCAGGAGGCGCCGCCGACAGCGCACUAGCGGCUGCUGCUGCCGGGGAAGCCAAAGGUCCCAACGCUCCUGCAACAACCAGAGCUCAGGCUGCUGCGGUGGCUGCUGA